GGAGAAAAUCGAUGGCGAGACCUGGACAAGCUCCUGGUGAGACCGGGGAAUAUCGUAGGCCCAAACUUUGAACCAGGACCUCAGCUUCUAUGUGCUCCUCAUAUUUGAUCUCAUCUCGAAUGGCUUGUAGGCAUCCCAUUCUGAAAACACCUAAAGGCAGACAGCUACAGGACUACAGCGUCUUUCCUAGCUCAAGGCCAAUAGCUAGGCGGACCCUUUGUAUCCAAAUUUAGGGAUAAUCCCUGCUCAUCCUAGUGCCACUGUGAUUAUCAUUAUUAUUGUUGUCAUUUAACGUGCUCCCUAGAAGUGCCCAAAGAAAAUAUAGAUCAUCUUUUUGUUUUUUUUCUUUUUUUAACAUGCACGCUAGACGUGCCCCAGCAGUGAACAUUGGUCAUCCGUGUAUUUGAAUGGUAAAAUCUACGUCUAAGAGAACUUAACUUCAAUUCUCUUUUUCAAAUUUUUUAUCUAGUGAUGAUGAGGCAAUCGACGAAAUUUGGAGUCAAGCAAAUCUGAGAGAUGACCUGCAGGCAUAUGCAAAGGUGUUGGUUGUUGGUGCUGGUGGCUUAGGCUGUGAGUUGCUCAAGGACUUGGCAUUGUCAGGUUUUCGGAAUCUCGAAGUGAUAGAUAUGGACAGAAUUGAGGUCUCCAAUUUGAAUCGCCAAUUCCUAUUCAGGCUUCAGGAUGUUGGAAAGCCAAAGGCUGAAGUUGCUGCUAUGCGUGUGAUGGAACGGGUUAGUGGUGUGAAUAUAGUACCACAUUUCUGUCGAAUUGAAGAUAAGAAUAUUGAGUUUUACGGUGAUUUCAACAUUAUUGCUCUUGGUCUUGAUUCCAUUGAGGCUAGAAGCUAUAUCAACUCUGUCGCCUGUAGUUUCUUAGAGUAUGAUUCUGAUGACAAGCCAUGCGAAGAAACAAUUAAACCUAUGGUAGAUGGUGGUACUGAAGGUUUCAAGGGCCAUGCUAGAGUUAUCUUACCCGGAAUCACCCCAUGCUUUGAAUGCACCAUAUGGCUUUUUCCUCCUCAGGUGAAGUUCCCUUUAUGCACUCUGGCAGAGACCCCUCGUACAGCUGCCCACUGUAUUGAAUACGCCCAUUUAAUUAAAUGGAAUGAGGUGCAUGGUGGGAAGUCUUUUGAUGCAGAUGAUCCAGAACAUAUGCAGUGGGUUUACUCUGAGGCGCUUAAGAGAGCUGAACUUUUUGGUAUUAGCGGGGUUACCUAUUCCUUAACUCAGGGCGUGGUAAAAAAUAUUAUUCCGGCUAUUGCCUCAACUAAUGCAAUUAUAUCAGCUGCUUGUGCAUUGGAAGCAUUGAAGAUUGCUACAGGAUUCAGCAAAUCAUUGUCCAACUACCUAACGUAUAAUGGUGCUGAAGGCCUUCACACGAAGGUGACUGAAUUUUGGAAAGACAACGACUGUCUUGUUUGUGGUCCUGGCGUUCUUAUUGAGGUGGACAGUACGACUUCUCUGCAGAAGUUCAUAGAUCUCCUCAGAGAACACCCGACGCUCCCUAUAUCGAAACCAAGCAUGGUGCACAGAGGCAAGAACUUGUAUAUGCAGGCCCCUCCCAUACUUGAAGAAAUGACCAGAUCGAAUCUGCAGCUUCCUCUCUUUGAUCUCAUGGGUAGAAUCCCCAAAGAUGUCAUUCAUGUCACUGGCACUGUCACAUUGAAUGAUCGGAAGACAUCUGCUCUAAGAAAACUUCGCAUUGUGUUUAAGGGAAAUGUGGAUGGAGUUGCAGAUAUGGAUAUGGCUGGUGGCGCAUAAAACUUCUUACCUUUGUUGGUAUCCAAUGACUUGACUUUGACCAGAUAGCUUAUACUUCUAAAUUUUGAGAGAGAGAGAGAGAUUAGCCUCUGUUUUGAGCAGGCAUUGUCGCGUGUUGGGCAUGAUUCUGCUUCAUAUGUUGCCUGUAUCAGAUAGGCUGGAGUUGUGAAGUUUCUUGAUUACAAAAAUUGGACACAAUUGCCAUAGAAAAUGCAAAACAUUGGCAUGGAAGAUGGUAAGAGUUGUUGGGAAAAGGGGAAAUCUCUAUAUUGUACUAGAACUGUAGACGAUUCAUCAUAUUUGAGUUUGUCUGCAUAGAUGAAUUGAGGAAGAAUUCUUAGCUUGGUUGCUGUGGAAUUUUGUGCAAUAGUUUGCUUCAUGGCAUUUCAACAUUGUACUAAAGGUGUAAGAUAAGUUUUUGACAUGGUUUAAGAGGAAACGAAUGUUGUUAGCAGAACGCUUAA